AAGACCAAGUCCAAAGUCCAAAGUCCAAAGUCCAAAGUCCAAAGAGGAGAGCCAUGAAACUGAAAAAAGAAACAUGCAAGAAACUUCUUCCCACAGUACUACCUACCCUAUACACAACCUACCAAGAAACAUGUAAAACCCCUCGAAUCCCCUUAAUCUUCAAACAUUCAAAACCUGAAUCUGUCUUAUCCUCCUGGAAUCUCUCUGAUCUUGACCGAACACUGCGUCUACUCAUUCAGUGUUUUCCAAUGAUCGGAAAUGGCUCAGACUUGAUCGGUUUCAUCCUUCAUCUCUCUCUUCGAAUAGGUUGCUCUGGAGUACUGUCUACUCUUCUGUGAAACCGAAUUGAUCGAACACGGGACGACAUUCAGUUAGAAACAGUUCAUGUGUGAGGAAUGGAUGGUGGUAAGAAAGAUGAAAUGCUCACAAGAGAUGCUAACUCUCAGAGACCACUCCAAGAAAGAAAGAUUGAAGACCGUCUGAAGGAAAUUGGCGCUAUUCGGAGGCUUAAAGGCAUGAAUCGAAGUGCAUCGAUGUCCAUACAAAUGAACUCUAUGGAGUCAUGUGAAAGUGAAAAGAACCUUGUAAGUCAUACUGGACCUUUGCGGAGCAAUAGGGGAACUUCCUCCAUACAAAUGAGCGGCCCAUUAUUUAUUAGGACCCCUGGGAAUUUUAGUCAGCCUAUGGAUGGGAUAGUGGGCCAAAAAUCACCUUCUUUAAUUGAAGACCAAUUACCCCCUUCUAAUGGGAUGGAAGAAAAACACUGGUCAAACAAUGACGUCGCCGGAAAUAUUGGACAUUUAUUAAAUUCUGGACCAUUGGGUGCAUGCAACGAACCUUACUGCACAACUUGCUUAGCAUAUUACAAUUUCAAAGCAGAAGAGCAAAAGAAAUCAAGACAUUCAGGCCUAUUUGAUCCCAAGUUACAUAAUGCUUUCCAUGGGCAAGGUUGGGCGAGGAGGAUAUUCAACUUUCUACAUUCGUUUAUUCCUGGUGUCAUGAAUCCUCAUGCUAAAGUUGUUCAACAAUGGAAUAAAUUUUUUGUUAUUGCAUGCUUGGUGGCGAUUUUUGUAGAUCCUUUGUUCUUCUUCCUGCUUACUGUUCAACAGGAUAAUAAGUGCAUAGUUCUGAGUUCUCCCUUGACAACAACACUUGUGGUUUUUAGAACAGUUACUGAUUUCAUUUAUUUCAUACACAUGCUUAUCCAGUUUAGGUUGGCUUAUGUUGCUCCGGAGUCGAGAGUGGUGGGUGCUGGAGAUUUUGUUGUCCAUCCAAAGAAAAUUGCUCUCCAUUACCUUUAUGGUUAUUUUUUCAUUGAUCUAUUCGUAGUAUUACCACUACCUCAGAUCAUGAUAUUGGUGGUUUUACCCAAAUAUGUUGGAUCAUCAGCUGCAAAUUAUGCAAAGAAUCUUUUGCGGGCGACCCUUCUUCUUCAGUACAUACCCAAGCUUUACAGGUUCCUGCCUUUGCUUGGUGGUCAGUCUUCAACAGGGUUCAUAUUUGAAUCAGCAUGGGGGAACUUUGUUAUUAAUCUUCUCAUGUUUAUUUUGGCUGGGCAUGUUGUUGGCUCAUGCUGGUACCUCUUGGGUUUGCAGAGGGUGAACAAAUGCCUUCAAGAUGCCUGCAAUGAUUCUCAGCAGAAGUCCUGCAUCGAAUUCAUUGAUUGUGGACAUGGGGAGAAAAUUGCAAAAUUUAGGAGCCAACCUGAAUGGCCUAGUUGGGUGAACAAUGAAAAUGCAACUGCCUGUUUCGACACUAGUAGUAAUGGUUCUUUCAGUUAUGGGAUUUAUAACCAAACUGUUUCUCUAACCACAAUACCAAGCAUUAUUACGAGAUAUGUGUACUCUCUGUUUUGGGGUUUCCUGCAACUCAGUACGUUGGCUGGAAAUCAAGUUCCUAGUUAUUUUGUAUGGGAAGUUCUUUUCACAAUGGGCAUCAUCGGACUUGGGCUCUUACUGUUUGCUUUACUCAUUGGAAAUAUGCAGAACUUUCUCCAAGCUCUUGGAAAGAGGCGAUUAGAUAUGCAACUGCGGCGUCGUGAUGUUGAGCAAUGGAUGAGGCAUCGGCGCUUGCCUGAAGGAUUAAGAAGGAAAGUAAUUGCAUCAGAAAGGUUUAACUGGUCUGUUACACGAGGCGUAAAUGAAGAAAUGCUGAUGGAAGAUUUGCCGGAGGACCUCCAAAGAGAAAUCCGUCGUCAUCUUCUUAAAUUUAUCAAGAAAGUCCGUAUUUUUUCCCUAAUUGAGGAUCCAAUCUUAGAUGCCAUCCGCGAGAGAAUAAGGCAAAAUAUUUACAUACAAGGAAGCAAAAUUUUAAAUGUUGGAGAACCAGUUGAGAAGAUGGUCUUUAUUGUACGGGGUAAAUUGGUGAGCAUUGGAGAAGAUUGUAAUAGACUUCCAUUGUCAGAAGGGGAUGUUUGUGGUGAAGAGCUGCUCACAUGGUGCCUUGAGCACUCUUCAAUGAACAAAGAAGGGCGAAGAAUGAGUAUAGGGGGACAGAGAUUGCUAUCCAACAGGAUGGUUAAAUGUUUAACUAAUGUGGAAGCAUUCUCUCUCCGAGCUGCUGAUUUAGAAGAAGUCACCUCUCGUUUUGCAAGAUCUUUGCGGAACCCUCGUGUUCAGAGAGCCAUAAGGUACGAAUCACCCUAUUGGAGAACAAUUGCUGCAAUCCAUAUCCAAGUAGCUUGGAGAUACAGGAAAAAACAAUUAAAUCGAGUGAAUACCUCUAAUCAGGAGCUUCAAGAAAGGAGGCAAUGAAAAUUUUGGAACAUAAACAUAUGUUUUGAAUGGGGGAGCUUGUGGCACAACGAGUAAGUUGCACUAUUGAAACAUGUUAGUCACAGGUUCAAAACUUGGAAACAACCUCUCCUGUGAAGCAGGGGAUAAGUCUGAGUACAUUUGCCCCCUUCCUAGACCCUAUAGUUGUGGUAGCAUUGUGCAUUGGGUUGCACUGGUUACUCUAAACAUAUGUUUUGUAUGUAUUUUAACUCAUCUGUUCACCCUUCUGAAUUGGUGUUCCAAUAGAAAAUAUUGGUCAAUGUUGGAGGCUUUGUAUCUCAAUUAUCUACUUCAGCGUCUCCUAUGAUUUUUUUGGAUUAACAAUGUUGGAUGAUUUUAAAAA